AUGUCGACUCUCACGCGCGCAUUUACCAAGCGCCACAAGCGGCCGGAAGUGUCUGCGCCCAUGCCGUAUCAGGGAGAUGAGAAGCCUAGGGGCCAUGCAAGAUUUAAUUCCGGUUCGAUCAAGCGCGGUAAUAUAUCUGGCCCUGUUCAGCUCAUCUCAACCACCAACAUGCUGGCCUACAACGCACCUGAUUUGAAUACAAACUUGCACUCUCCCCACUCUUCUUCUGCUUCCUCUUUGCGAUCCCGCGACGACUCAGAGGCCGCCAUUUCUCCCCACAGUUACACAUCUUCCGUCACUACCCCCGAAGGUUCUACCCACGACUACUCUCCCAUUGACGGCACCUCCUACUUCCCAAAGCGGUCGGCAACUGUCGCAAGUCAACAACGCAAUUCUACCCAGUCAGCCUCGUCCACAGACGCACCAAUGGUCCCUCAGCGCGCCUUGUCGCAUACCAAGCGCUCUCACCAAGACCUUGCUCGCAAGCGCUCGCAAUCCAAAAUGGCACCCCCUCUGCAUUCUCCACGUAGUACACCUACCAUCCGAGCCUCUCAGGAGAUCUUCAGGCCAGAGCUGCACCAGGUGCACCCAUUCAGUAAAGAAUUGGAGCAGGUGAACGAGGUGGCCGAGGAGUUUGGUGCGCCCCACGUGCUGGAUGAGGAGGAGCUUUAUCUGAGCCGCAAGGGACUAUACAAGUUCAGCGUGGAUGACUACCUUCUUGAGAUCGAAGAAUUAUAUGGUAGUAUCUUUGAUGACAAGCUAGGACCCGUCAAUGCGGGUCCUUGGCUCUGA